GCUUCAGCCACCACCUGACUCGCGGCCGGAGUUCAAAAAGCCUCACCAUCAACCCCACCAUUCGAACCAUCAGCGGGGCGGUUACAUGAAAAAUGCCGAAGGUAAGCCGCCGUACGGAGGAAGAGGCGGCUACCCAGGUCAACCUGUAAAACAUGGUAGUACCAGUAGUACCACGAGUCAUCGCACCAACGGGAUACUCCCGGCGAAGGGGCCACCUUUGGGGCAACCGCCUACAAUGUCGGUGUCAUCCUCGACGUCCUCGAGGCUGCACAGCGGCAUGGGGGAUAGGCAUGUGAGGCCACAAUUGGAUCAGAAUUGUCAAGGAACUGCACCGGCUGGACCGAGGCAGACCUCACCUUCUGCAACACCAGCGCCUCAUGAUGUCGAUAAUAUACUCAAGGAAAUGAUCGUUCCAACAACACCUUUACCGGCUAUGGCGGCCACUCCGAGGAUAGAACUGGAUAAUAAAUAUACCUAUAAUCUUACCAAGUUGACUGAGGCUGCUCCAAUUGUAAAAAAACGUGAACGACAACUUGUACCUCGUCAAUCAACGGAUUUAAGAGAUGAUCUCGAGAUUUCAGAUGAGAGUGAUGAGGAACACAAAAAUGGAUUACCUUCAUCUAAUCCAAUAGGAAGAAUGUUGUCGCCCCUAGGAGCAACCCCUGCCAUUCAUACCUCCAGAAUGGAAAGGCCGCCUGAGCCUUUAGCACCGAUGCCUUCUUCGCCUAUAGCGAGUUCGUCUAGUGAUUCCGGUUCUGAUUCAGGAUCGGAUAGCGACUCCACCACCGAUGACUCUGGCGAUGAAAAUGUCCAUCCAGUUAGUGUAAGAGUCGAACCACCUCCAGAAACUACCACACCGGCGUCUCCAAAGGCGGAAGAAGAGCAGCGAUGGAACCUUGCGUCGUUUGUCUCAUCGAACAGCCAAAAUUUCGGAGGAACUGCUACUUCGCCGUUCCUUUCUCCUAUAAAGCCUUCUUCUCAACCUAAAGUCUCUUCCGAUGAUGAACUUAAAAGGGUUACGGAAGAAUCAGACACCAGCGAUUCGGCGAAUGACAAAGUAAUGGAAGAAGCAAAAGCUCUUGCGGCUUUUAAUUCCAUCCCUUUGUUGUCCAGUUUUUCGGAUUCAGAUGACGACACCAGCCGCGUUAAUGUAAAAAGACGGAAACGUACCAUACAACCAGUUACCAAUCCACCAGUUAGUGAUAGUGAUAGUGACGUAGAAAACGAAAGGACUAGUAGGAUAAAGCCGGUGAGUCGGGCGAGUCCAAGGACGAAAUCGGUCGAUACAAAUAGUGACUCUGAUUCCGAACCCAUUAAACCAUAUAGUCCAGCGAUAAAGAAGCCAAAAUCUCCUGCACCGGUCGUGGUUCCGGAAAAAGUUGUUAAACCUCCUCGUGGAAGACCAAGAAAAAAUAAAUUACCGGCUACGGGAGAACCAAAAGAAGUAAAGAAACGUGGUCGACCAGCAAAAGUAAAUAAACCUAGAAGAUCACGCAGCGGGUCUUCUGGUACUGAGGUUCGAAAAGCAAAAAGAGGUCGUCCUCCAAAGCAACAUGCAGUUCGAUCGCUGAGCUCAUCCGACGAAGAAGACAGACCAAAGUUCGAGAAACCUCCGCCGCCUUCACGUCGUCGUACCAAGUCCAAAGUUGCCUCAACGAGCAGUUCUGAUUCUGACAGUCCAGCCCCAGUAAGAAGGAAAUCCAGCAGUAGUAUCAGUAGCAUACGGCACGAAUCUGAAAAGGAAACUCCCAAGAAGGCUCGAUUCAAAGAAGAUCGCAAACGAUCCAAAAAGCAUUCUGAUGACGAUGAAUGGGGCAAGGAGAACAAGGUGAUUUUAAAGAACCAUUUCAAAGAUGGUAAAAAUGGUUUGGAACCUCCAAUUAAAGAGGCUUCUUCACCUCCACGGCGGAAAAGAAGUGCUAAGAUAAUGCCUGAACCUAAAAGUGCCGCGUUUGUACACUCUUCAGACACUAGUGAUACUGACACGAAGACAAAACCUCUUGUUAAACCAAAACGAGUGAGGUCAUCGUCUGAAGAAUGCCUCAAAAAGGUCAGUGAUUCUGAUAGUGAUACAAAUGCACCAUCAAAGAAGGCUCCCAUCAAAAUAGAUUCGACAAUUAAAGUCGAUGAAAACAAAACCAUCGCAGACAAGAAGAAAAGCGAUACACUUAGGAAAUUGUUUACUCCCAAGAGAGAUUCGGAAGGAGGCAAAGGUGGUGGGAAAGGAGGAGGAAAGGGUGGCAAAGGAGGAAAGGGAAAAGGUGGUGUAAACGUAAUAAUUGUUGAUGGGGAUUAUGAACGAAGUAGUUCUUCUGUUGAAGACGAAGCAAUGCCUACGGCUGUCUCGACAGUUGUUGAACCAGUUCCCCCAGUUAAGGAAGUUAAAAAGAGUCCUCCGGUACCUCCUAGUCGUCCUUCUUCGCCUGAAGAACCCAUCGAACCAAAUAGUUUAUCCAAGACUGAUAGUAAAGAGAAACCUCAACUUUGGGUUAAAAUUGAUCUACAAAAAUUUAACAUUAGUCGUAUACCUAUUCUUCAGAAGCAUUUAGAAUCUACAAAGCCUUGGUUACUGGAAUCUAAACCAGAGGAAAAGGUGAAAGAAAAACAAAGUGAUAAUGAAGAAGUAGUGGUAAAGCAGAAACCUUCUGUUAAAGAGGUUAAAGAAACCAAAAAGCCUUUAUCACAGUUAGAUGAUCCUCCUGACCAUAAGCAUAAAUCAAAGAAAAGGAAAAGAAGAAACAGCUCAAGCUCUAUUUCUUCUCACUCAACAGUUAGUAGUAGUUUGUCUCAUAGUAGUAAUAAAAAGGACUAUCACAAAAAAGAAAAAGAAAAGUCUAAAGAAAACAUUAAGCAUAAGAGGCGAAAAAAUAAUGAUGUACAAAGAUCUCAACCAGAAAAUCUCAGUUUAACAAAUGCUCCACCCACCAAUCACGAGCGGGAAGCAAGCCGGUUACCAACUGCUUCUAACGUUGAUCCGACCCCCUCGGCUAGUAAGAUUCAACCUACUAGAGAGUACCAUUCAUAUUUUGAGACCCCAGAGCAACCCUCAGAAUAUGACGAAAGGGAUCAAAACCUGUACCUGAGUGAUGCAAAAAGGUUUAAACAUAUGGCGGACAAAGAAACCGAUACUAUCAAGCAGUGUAUGUUGUACCUUGAGGCUGUACUAUUUUUCCUGCUAACUGGAAAUGCCAUGGAACAUGAAAGAGUUACAGAAAAAUCGGCCUACACAAUGUAUAGAGAUACACUCUCUUUAAUCAAACACAUUUCGCUCAACUUCAGAAAGCAGCAAAAUGCCCCACCUGUAUAUAAUAAACUUGCUGUAUUAAGUUACCGGUGCCAAGCUCUCCUAUAUUAUAAAUUAUUUAAGCUGAAAACAAAAGAAGCUAGAGAUUAUCAGAAGAUCAUCACUGACUACUGUACUAAGAACCAAGGUGCUUUAGAUCCACAGAACCAUCAGCAAGGGCAAGGAACGCCUUCGCCGCUAUCUCCAACUCCCUCACCUGCCGGUUCGGUAGGUUCUGUCGGUAGCCAAUCUUCGGGAUACAACAGUGGGGAACUAGCUACCAGAGGCAAUGUCUCCGCAACUACACACUCACAGAACGCUGGUUUGUGGGUACCUCUUCCUGUUUAUAAUGCCAUUUCCAAGCAAAAUCAGCACGUUACAUAUCUUAUGUCAUACCAAGAUCUCUGGGAGAUGGCUGAUUCUUUGGUCGUUAGAGGCAAAUAUACCGAUUUUUUCAUUGAAUUGGACAGACAGUGCAAACCCUUAACGAUGCACAGCUCCCUCAUUGAUCUAGUACGCUACGUCCGAGAGGGAAUCACAAGGCUGAAAAACGAAAGUUAG